AUGUCCACAGAAAUGAAACAGACCCUGGCGAGUAAGCCGGCGGAUGGUGAAGCCGGAGUAGGGCAAACUUCAGGAUAUGCAGACCUUGAAGCCGACAAGACAUAUCGUAAGAAAGUGGACUUCUGGGUUCUGCCGUUGUUGUGCUUGAUGUACUUUUUUGAUUGCAUGGACCGGAGCAAUCUAGCAAAUGCAAAAACGGACGGCAUCGAUGUUGACUUGAACUUCAAAGGAAAUGAUUACUCCCUCAUUAUCCUGAUAUUCUAUAUUCCAUUUGGUCUUUUUAAUUUACCAUGGAAUUUAUUGAUCAAACGCUAUUCUGGGCGCUGGACGCUCUCCACCAUGUCCGUGGUAUGGGGAAUACUUGCAUUGUGCCAGUGUGCAGCUAAAGACUUCGGGUCUCUUCUUGCGAUAAGAGUCAUUCUAGGCAUAUUUGAAGCGGGAUUCUUUGCUGGGGCAACCUAUUAUUUAACGACGUUCUAUACGCGCGGGGAGAUGGGAUUUCGACUGGCUAUCAUACAGUCAUUUGCAGUGCUUGCCUCCGCGUUUAGUGGUCUAAUAUCAUUUGGUGUAUUCCAAAUCAACAGUCCUACCGUCCACGGCUGGCAAUGGCUUUUUAUUAUUGAAGGCUCAAUGACACUGCUCACGGGCCUUGUGGGAUUCGCCAUCCUGCCAGACUCACCACAAACUGCAUGGUUCUUGAAUGACCGCGAGAAAGAGGCCGCGAGGGCUCGGCUACUACGUGACUCCUCAUCAGAGAUAGACACGGGCUUUAAUCUCAAAGAUUGCUUUCGAUCGUGGAACGACUGGAAAUUUCCGAUUUGGUGCAUUAUUACCUUCACCUAUCCUGUUGCCUAUGCUACUGCGAUGAAUUUCUUCCCAUUGAUCGUUCAACGCCUGGGAUUUUCUGUCAUAAAGACCAACCUUUGGACUGUAGCACCUAACCUUGUCGGCACGGUAGUUUUACUGUGUGUUGCGAAAUCUUCUGAUUAUUUUCGCGAACGAACGUUUCAUAUUGUCUUCUCGCUGUCUUUGUCCCUGAUUGGAAUGAUUAUGCUCGCUGCUAUUGAUGUUCUGGAAAACAAAGCGGUCGCUUAUUUUGCAUGCUUUCUGAUGGCAGCAGGUGCAUACAUCCCAUCUUCUUUGGUUCAUGCGUGGCACAACAACAACAAUGUCCACGAAAACUCUCGCGCAGCUAAUACGGGGUUCUUUGUGGGCUUGGGUAACCUAGCAGGAAUUUUGAGCGCAGCCACAUUUCGAACUGAAUAUGCACCAAAGUGA